UCGAAGAGAAGGAGGAUCAAGAUCUUAGGGAGAGACCACAGUACUACUGCUAGCUAGCUUAUAAAGAUGUCAAUUAAAGGAGAUGUUGUUCUUUUGGACUGCUGGGCCAGUCCGUUCAGCAUGCGGGUGAAGAUUGCAUUGGAGGAGAAAGGUGUGGAACGUGAAGAUAGAGCGGAGGAUUUAUUUGGGGGAAAGAGUGAGCUGUUGCUCAAAUCAAACCCUCACCAGAAGGUGCCAGUUUUGUUGCAUGAUGGAAAGCCCAUAUGUGAGUCCACCAACAUUGUCACCUACAUCGAUGAGGUCUGGCCGACUUCACAACCACUGCUCCCAACUUGUCCAUAUGAAAGAGCUCAUGCAAGGUUCUGGGCCGACUUUAUCGACAAAAAGCUAUUUGAUGCGGGCGGCAAAAUAUGGAGAAACAAAGGAGAGGCGCAAGAGGUGGCCAAGAAGGAGUUCAUAGAGGUUGUGAAGCAGCUAGAGGGAGCCCUUGGGGAGAAGGAUUACUUCGGUGGUGAUUCCUUUGGGUUUCUUGAUAUCACAGCAAUUGCUCUAACAAGUUGGUUCUCAGCGUUUGAGACAUUUGGGGGCUUCAAGGUUGAGGAAUACUGUCCCAAAUUCUCGGCCUGGAUGAUGAGGUGCAUGCAACGAGAGACAGUGGCCAAAGUUCUCCCGGACCCAGAAAAGAUCUAUGAAUUUGUUCUGAUGCUGAAGAAAAUGCACGGCAUUGAAUAGCUAGUGAUCAUGAAAAAUCAAACUGCUAUAUGCAUGCUGGUGCUUAUAUCCGAGUACUCCUUGGCUUUUUCUCCUUUGGCAUAUGUUGUUUUUGACCUUCAGUAGUGUUGUUCUUAAUCAGGUCCUCCAGUUCUCCUUGAAUAUAUAUGGAGGCCGAUUAUAAAUAAGGGAAAAUCAUCAUUUUCCUUGAUUCUCUGUUGCUGCAUGUUUGUGAUAUACUAAAUAAGA